AUGGUGUCUUCCGACCCCGCUGCCAGUAGCGGCAGCAAAGACGAGAAGGAUGUCGGCCUCCCGAGCUAUUCGAGCCCGGUCAUUACCCAGGCGGACGAUGUCCAGAAUUCCGACAGCUGGGCUACCCGCAAUGGUCUGAAUCUGGAAUCUUUCAAGAAGCGCGAUUACGGCACCGGAAUUGUUGAGCUCGACCGAAGCAUGAAACCCCGACAUCUACACAUGAUCGCCAUCGGAGGUUCGAUUGGAGCUGGUUUCUUCGUCGGCUCGGGCAGCGCUUUAGCCACCGGUGGCCCUGCCACUCUCUUGAUUGACUUCGUAAUCAUCGGUGUGAUGAUGUUCAACGUCGUCUAUGCUCUCGGUGAACUUGCUGUUAUGUAUCCUGUUUCUGGUGGUUUCUACACGUAUGCGACUCGUUUUAUCGACCCCUCCUGGGGGUUUGCCAUGGGUUGGAAUUAUGUUCUGCAAUGGGCCGUUGUCGUUCCGCUUGAGUUGACCGUGUGUGCCAUCUCGAUCUCGUAUUGGAAUGCGGAAGUAAGCUCCGGUGUCUGGAUUACCGUCUUCUACGUCUUCAUCAUCAUAGUCAACAUAUUCGGCACCCUAGGCUAUGCCGAGGAAGAGUUCUGGGCCUCGAUUCUGAAGCUCUCCGCCACGGUUAUCUUCAUGGUUAUCUCUCUGGUUUGCGUCCUUGGAGGUGGCCCUGAAGGAGGUUGGUACGACAAUUAUUAUGGUGCACGACUGUGGUACGACCCUGGUGCGUUCCGCCAUGGUUUCCGUGGCUUCUGCGCCGUCUUCGUCACCGCCGCCUUUUCUUUCAGCGGAACUGAGUUGGUCGGUCUCGCUGCUGCUGAGGCGAGAAACCCCGCCAAGGCUCUUCCCGGCGCCAUCAAACAGGUCUUCUGGCGUAUUACCCUCUUUUAUAUACUUGGUCUCACUUUUGUCGGCCUUCUAAUUCCUAGCGACGACCCUCAUCUAUUGAAUGCCACUAGCUCCAACGAUGUUACCGCGUCGCCUUUCGUCUUGGUCGGGCAAUAUGCGGGCCUCGCCGGGUUCAACCACUUCAUGAACUUCAUCAUCCUAAUCUCCGUCAUUUCAAUCGGCGUAUCAGGUGUUUACGGCGGGAGCCGCACUCUCACCGCUCUCGCUCAGCAGGGCUAUGCUCCCAAGAUCUUCUCCUACGUCGACCGCAGCGGACGUCCUACCUUUUCUGUUGGCGCUCUCCUCCUAUUUGGACUAUUAGCAUACCUCAACUUAGCUGCCGCCGGACCGGACAUUUUCGACUGGCUCUUGGCCUUGUCAGGUCUAGCCGCUCUCUUCACCUGGGGUUCUAUCUGCUUGUCGCACAUCCGUUUCCGAAAAGCUUGGGCGUAUCGCGGCCACACCCUUGACGAAAUUCCCUUCAAAGCGGUCGGUGGCGUUUGGGGAUCGUGGCUCGGAUUAAUCUUGAUUAUUUUAGUAUUGAUUGCUCAGUUUUAUGUCGCGAUCUGCCCCCCUGAAGGCGGUUUCAACGAUGCUGCAGGCUUCUUCCAAUCUUACCUUGCGCUCCCCGUUGUCAUAUUAUUCUGGAUCGUAGGCUAUUGCUGGAAGCGUACAGGCUGGCUCCGCACACACCAGAUCGAUGUGGACACGGGUCGACGAGAAGUUGACUGGGACGAGAUCAACGCGUACCGCGCACAGAUUGCCGCAAAGCCUGCAUUGAGCCGCAUAUUUCAUCUCUUAUUCUGA